GUCUGCAUCCCUUUUUUCUUCUCAUUUCUUGACGUUUUCCUCGCCGUUUUCAUUCCGCUCGGUCGGCCGUCGUUCUCUUCACCCCCCCUCCCUUCCCAACUUCCCUUCCUUCGCCAUGUUCACCUCCAUCUGCUCUCUUGCCUUUGUCUUUGCUGGCAUCGCACAAGUCAAUGCCCUUGUCGUUCCCCGCGCGACACCCCCGCAGGGCUGGGAUACAAGUGCUCUUGAGCCUUAUGACACCUACCACUGCCGCUACCUAGCCGUAGGAUGCCAGUACCAGCACGGUACCUCAUUCUUCGACACGUGCUGCCAUCCUCUGCAGGCUAAUCAAUCGGCCUCGUCCCUCCCCUCGGAAUGUCAGCAGCCCUCUAACACAACUUGUAGCAAUGGCGAACCCGUCACUGCAUCCAGUCCGGCUGUGAGCCCUACCGCUCAGCCUGCCACAGAGACUACUCCUACCGCUCAACCUGCCGGAGAAACCACCCCUACCCCUCAGCCUGCCGGAGAGACCACCCCUACCCCCACACCCACACCCACUUCUACCCCGUCUACGACUACCCCCACCCCCACUCCUACCCAGGCACCAGCCAAUGCCCAGGGCAAGCCGACCACUACGACCAGUUCCACCGCACAGCCGGCGGCGACCUCUGGCAACUCAAUGACUUCGAGUAGCCUGAACUACGGUGGAUACGCUACCUACUUCUACCAGAAUGGCAAUGCCGGCGCGUGUGGUCAAGUCCACUCCGACUCGGACUACAUCUGUGCCAUGGACCAAGCUCUCUUUGGCGACUCUGGUAACGGUUCUCCCCUUUGCGGCAUGCAAGUCCAGAUCACCAACAUAAACACCGGAGCGAUGGUUACGGUGACUGUCGCUGAUGACUGCCCCACUUGUGCCAAUGCAAACUCUAUCGAUCUCUCCGUUGCUGCCUUCGAGGCCAUCGCUUCUCUCUCAGAGGGGGAGGUAGCGAUUGCCUGGCAAUACGUCUAAUGGAGCCCCAUAUCAAAAUGAUGUUUGAAACCAAUUUUUCUGUCUUUUUUGUAUUUUUUUUUUUGUUCAUGGUAACAAUGGCGGGGCUAGACCCCGUUGGAGGUGGGUAAUCAUCUUGACGAUGGUGGCUUACACGAACAUCCCUGGUGGCAAUAGACCGUCGCUCACCACCUCCACUAGCAGCUCCUAUUCUUUUUACAUGUCCUAUCAAUUUCUCUAUUCUUCUUAUCGUCUAUCUUGUCUUUGCACGCAGGCGCUCGUCCAUACAUGUUGAUAGCUAGCUCUACAUACUGUUAUGGACCUCCGGGUCGUGUUGCUACAUAUAGAACGGCGCAGGGCGACAUUAGCUUUACCAUUCACGUAUUACGAAUAGAAACGCAUG